UGAGCGCUCCGGGCCUUUUCAAAUCGGGAUCCGUUACCGCUUUCCCCGCUGCCGCCAUUGUCGCGCUCGGAGCCCCUCGGCGCAGGCGGCGGAGGCGGAGGCCGUGGCAGCGGGAUGGCGGAUGCCGACAAGCCCGAGGUGCUUAGGGCCGCUGGCGACGACAGCCCGCAUCGGCAGCCCGCGGAGCCGCCGGGCGAGCCCCGGCGAGAACCUCAUCCGCCUGAGCAGGAGAAGCAGCCGCCGCAGCACAGCAGCAGCUCCAAUGGCGUUAAAAUGGAGAAUGAUGAAUCAGUCAAAGAAGAGAAAUCUGAAUUAAAAGAAAAAUCUACAGGAAAUAAGAAGGCCAGUAGAUUUCAUCCUUACUCAAAAGACAAGAAUUCAGGCACUGGAGAAAAGAAGGGUCCAAAUCGUAACAGAGUUUUUAUUAGCAACAUCCCCUAUGACAUGAAAUGGCAAGCCAUUAAAGAUCUAAUGAGAGAAAAAGUUGGUGAGGUUACAUACGUGGAGCUCUUUAAGGAUGCGGAAGGAAAAUCAAGGGGUUGUGGUGUGGUUGAAUUCAAAGAUGAAGAAUUUGUCAAGAAAGCACUAGAAACUAUGAACAAAUAUGAUCUUAGUGGAAGACCCUUGAAUAUCAAAGAGGAUCCUGAUGGAGAAAAUGCUCGUAGGGCAUUGCAACGAACAGGAGGAUCAUUUCCAGGAGGACAUGUACCCGAUAUGGGAUCGGGAUUGAUGAAUUUACCACCUUCCAUUCUCAAUAAUCCAAACAUUCCUCCUGAGGUUAUCAGUAAUUUGCAGGCUGGUAGACUUGGUUCCACAAUUUUUGUUGCUAAUCUUGACUUCAAAGUUGGUUGGAAGAAGCUAAAGGAAGUGUUCAGCAUAGCUGGAACUGUAAAGCGGGCAGAUAUUAAAGAAGACAAAGAUGGCAAGAGCAGAGGAAUGGGCACAGUCACUUUUGAACAAGCAAUUGAAGCAGUUCAAGCAAUUUCUAUGUUCAAUGGGCAGUUUUUGUUUGAUAGACCUAUGCAUGUGAAAAUGGAUGACAAGUCCGUCCCUCAUGAAGACUACCGUUCACAUGAUAGUAAAACACCACAAUUACCACGUGGUCUUGGAGGCAUUGGAAUGGGACUUGGUCCAGGGGGACAGCCUAUUAGUGCCAGCCAGUUGAACAUAGGCGGUGUAAUGGGAAAUUUAGGUCCAAGUGGUAUGGGAAUGGAUGGUCCAGGUUUUGGAGGAGUGAAUAGAAUCGGAGGAGGAAUUGGGUUUGGUGGUUUGGAAGCAAUGAAUAGCAUGGGAGGAUUUGGAGGAGUUGGUCGAAUGGGAGAGCUAUACCGUGGUGCGAUGACUAGUAGCAUGGAGAGAGAUUUUGGACGUGGUGAUAUUGGAAUAAAUCGAGGCUUUGGAGAUUCCUUUGGUAGACUUGGCAGUGCAAUGAUUGGAGGGUUUGCAGGAAGAAUAGGAGCUUCUAACAUGGGUCCAGUAGGAUCUGGAAUAAGUGGUGGAAUGGGUGGCAUGAACAGUGUGACUGGAGGAAUGGGGAUGGGACUGGAUCGGAUGAGUUCCAGCUUUGAUAGAAUGGGUCCAGGUAUAGGAGCUAUACUGGAAAGGAGCAUCGAUAUGGAUCGAGGAUUUUUAUCGGGUCCGAUGGGAAGCGGAAUGAGAGACAGAAUAGGCUCCAAAGGCAACCAGAUAUUUGUCAGAAAUCUGCCUUUUGACUUGACUUGGCAGAAACUAAAAGAGAAAUUCAGUCAGUGUGGUCACGUAAUGUUUGCAGAAAUAAAAAUGGAGAAUGGAAAGUCAAAAGGCUGUGGAACAGUCAGAUUUGAUUCCCCAGAAUCAGCUGAAAAAGCCUGCAGAAUAAUGAAUGGCAUAAAAAUCAGUGGCAGAGAAAUUGAUGUUCGCUUGGAUCGUAAUGCAUAAUUUGAAACCACGGUUGGAACAUUCUUACAUCUGUUUUGCUGAGUCUCCUAGUAAAAGUCAUUUUUAAAAGUAAUACUGUAUGCUUACAAAGUUGUAAAAAUGAACUCUUAAAACUCCCACCAGCUUUUAACAGUAUAGUGUUAAAUAUACUGUGAUUUUUGUUAAUCUCAAGUUUGGGUUUUUAAAGACGGCAAGUCUGGUCAUUCAGUUUAAAUGAAUGGUUAUACUAUUUUUAAUGAAAUAAGCCAUUUUCUUGUUAUUUUCAGUUCUACAUAGUGGGAUUUGUUUGUUCAAAUGUCCCCAGGUUUUAUCAACUUAUUGUAAGAUAAAACAUAGAUGGUUUUUUCAAAACUUCUGUUUAAAAUAUGUAAUUGUCCUUGAAAAGAAAGGGCUCAGACAAAU